UAAAUUUAAAGGAAGUGGUGAUACUGCCUCUUCUCUUUUGUUCAGCUAUUGGCUGCACAUCGCUGUUUGGCUAACAUUAGGAAGGCGAAAUUGUUUUUUGCUUGACCUGAAAACUUUAAGACUAGAGAAAAGUGAUCGUACAAGUGCUUUCUGAAUUCACAUUAACCUUCAUCGUCUGUUUCUCCUAGUCAUGGCCGUGAACGUCUUCUCUACAUCGGUAACCAGUGACAACCUUAGUCGCCACGAUUUGUUGACAUGGAUCAACAACUCGCUGCACAUGAACCAUACCAAGGUCGAGCAGCUGUGUUCAGGUGCUGCCUACUGUCAGUUCAUGGAUAUGUUGUUCCCAUCUUCUUUGCCCUUGAAGAAAGUGAAAUUCCAGGCCAAGCUGGAGCAUGAGUAUAUCCACAAUUUUAAACUCCUUCAAAGCAGCUUUAAAAAGCUCGGGGUGAACAAGAUUAUCCCCGUGGACAAGCUUGUGAAAGGGAAAUUCCAGGAUAACUUUGAGUUUGUGCAGUGGUUUAAGAAGUUCUUUGACGCUAACUACGAUGGGAAGGAGUAUGAUCCAGAAGCAGCGCGGCAGGGACAGGAGGUCGCUGCCUCAGAGCGUCCGGCUGCAGCAGUGGCAAAUAAAGCAAGGAAAGGCAGCUCAGCUCCACAGCGAUCGACCACUGCUGCCCCUAAGCCAGCGCCAUCUGCAGCAAGGAGGACGGGGUCGGUGGCUGCAGAGGAGGAUAGAGAAGAGCUUACUCAAACGAUCAGUGAUCUGAAAUGCACCGUCACAGACUUGGAGAAGGAGAGGGACUUUUAUUUCGGCAAGCUGAGGAAUAUUGAGCUCCUUUGCCAGGAGAAGGAGGGGGAGGCUGACCCCACGCUGCAAAAGAUACUUGAUAUUCUGUAUGCCACAGAUGAAGGUUUUGCGAUUCCUGAGAACAACACGGGUGAACCAGAAGAGUUUUGACCGAUUAGGCUAUGCUAAGCUCUUGGACAAGUGUGCGUGCUUGCACAUUUUCUACUGUCAUGUUGAUUUCUUCGGUCAGCCACCUUUGGCACAUUGCUUUUGCACAUUGACCUUUUUGAAUGUUUUAUACUUGGAGAGGUUCUAUUUCUGUGCUCUGAAAUGUCUUUGAAGUUACAGAUUAUUUUCAUAAAAUAUUAUUAUUAAUAUUAUUAAAGGUGUUUCAUUGUUGCACUUUCAACAAAAG